CAGCUCCGCUCUCCAGCUCAUCUCCCCUCACCAAAUGCGUUUCACAUCGCUGCCAACAUGCUGUUUUACGUGAUAUGGUUCGUACUCAACUCAGCCUCCGCAAAUGCAAACGUUUUGCCCUCUCUCAGCCCCUCAAUAUCGGACCCCACCAUCACCCCAGCGCCUCAGCUACCCCCGCUCGAGCUCCUCCGGAAGCAAAAUGAUAACCGGUUCUUGGGAUGGGUGAGUUACAAAGGCGCCUGGACCUCGGAGCAGUGUGAUCUUGGAGGCACAUAUUAUCAGAGUGGGAGUUUUGCAAGGUGUUGCGCGACGUCGGUUGCGAGCUGUAAUGUGGUUAUUGGGUGUGUGGAUGGGAGCUUGAUUUAUGGGUAUUCGACGGGGACGGUGUCGAGGAGGACUUAUGCUUGCACCGAUGUCUUCACAGAUCUUACAGAUCGAUCCUUCACGAUAUGCAACACUGGGUUUAUUUUCGAAAACACGAAAGACUCAAGUCCGCAUUCGAAUAUCUUUUGUGGAGUGAGCUCCCUAAAUUGGAGCUACUAUCGCGUUAAGCCCGAGGAGACGUCGUCAACCCCUACCCCUACACCCUCAUCCACACCUCAAUCAAUCACGGCAACGCCCACCUCAACGCCGACCUCCUCCUCUACCGCUGCCCCCAUCGAAUCCCCUACAUCAAAGAAAUCCUCAAGUAAAGCCUGGAUCGCAGGUGUCGUUGUCGGACCCAUUGCAGCAAUUGCCAUAGGAGCUUUAGUCGUUUGGAUAAUCCUGCUGAAACGCAAGCACAAGAAAGAAGACGGGAACCCACCAGCAUCGAUUCCACAAACCCCUCACCCACCUUAUUCCCCAGGCGGUCCUAACGGCCAACCGCCACGAGAAUCCUACAUACCGUACAACCCGCAGAUGCAGCAAGGGCAAGGGCAUCCACCAGGCAUGCUUCCGUACCCGAUGGAUGCGCAACGCACAAGCUACAUGUCCAAUGGACACUCGCCGACGAGCCCGACUACGGCGUCGAACUCCCCGAUGCCGCAGGCGAGUCCGUAUGGACCGCUUUCACAUAGUCCGCAGCCAGGACAGCAAGGUUAUCAGCAACAGCAACAACAGUGGCAACCCAUUCAGCAGCCGACGAGUCCCCAGAUGAUGAGUCCACAGUAUACACCGCAGCAACCCAUUCUGGUCGAUGCGGGAGGUUUGCAUAAGACACCAAGUCCACAGCCGUUGAAUGGGAAUAAUGGAAUGUACUCAACGCAGCCAGAGUUGGUGCCUCCGCCACAGCAGAUUGUGAGGUAGAAUGAGGGUUAGAUUGGGUGGUAAGAUGAAUGAUGUGAUGUAUUGUAGCUAGGAUGAGAUUUGUUAUGUGGCUAGUGUCAGGCAAGGAGGUUUCAUGGAACAUCCCAGUCGCUGGUCUAUUGGAUUUCGCCUUGACGAAGGAAGAAAGUAGGAUAUAUUUCGUAAGGCUGGAGUAUGUCUCGGACGGAGAAAGCCACGAUGGACCGACGGUGAGCUCGCUGAUGGGAUGGAUGACUUGGCUUGGCUUUGAGCCAAAACCUUGGAGCUAAACCCUUGGGGGUACUUCUUUACUUUUCUUCCGCCAUUCGCUGGAUACCCUUCCACUGGUAAUGUAGUCUGACCGGUACUCAAGUUGUGUAUUACUGAGUAUAUUGUGUUUAUCUCAGGUUUAUUCCCAAAAUAU